GCCGGGAUUGAUCUCUCUACAAACAACUGUGAGAAACAAUGCGGCGGUCAUGACAGUCUAUAUUCUUGCAGCGAUGUUUUUCGCGUUUCGAUUAUAUCCAAAUUUCGAGUGCAACAAACGAAAGUAGUCUCGGGAAAUGGAUGAUCCUGGCUGCUCUGGCAUGUGCUUCCCAUGCUGAUACCUCUGACAACCAUCAAAUCUUGAUUUCCAUUCAUUUUGCAGCUGACUGUGACUGCAAGCCUUGUCUGCACUAUCAUUGGUAUGUCGGGGACCAUGUCAUCUUGUGCGUGAGACCCAGUUCUAAUCAAAGUAGGCGGACAUUAUGGCCUCAGAAGGCAUGUAUAGGCCGUGCCCAUGUCCAACAUCACUAAAGUGGCCCAGGUUUAUUUGAAUACAUUCUCCUCUGCGUCGUCACUGUCCUACUGAUCAAAUUCUCGGUGCUCUUCUUCUACAGACGCAGCUUCGGGAUGACCAAGUCGAUGUGAUUCUGUGUCUCAACUGUCGGCUACUUUGUCGCUUGAUACAUCACCUUCUUCGUUUGCUGCCGGCCAGCUUCGUAUUACUGGACGCAGUACACCGAUCCCAUCGGCGGGAAAUGCAUCUUCAAACUAUAUGCCUUAUACGUCGGCAACGCUACUGCUGAUGUGACCACAGAUGAAGCCAUUAUGCUAG